AUGUUGACUCCAAGAUUUUCCUUAUCUCAGGAUGCGGACUUUGUUUAUAUUCACAUAACAGCACCUUACAUAAAGGUGUCAGAGUCGGAAUGUUAUAUACAGGACGACGAGUUUUAUUUUUACUCACAGCCUUAUUAUUUGCGACUGCAUCUACCCGGGCAGAUUGUCGAGAACGAACUGUCAACAUCGAAGUAUGAUGUCGACACGGGGCAGCUUACAGUCCGCGUCGCUAAAGAAACUAAAGGGGAAACAUUUGAAGGGCUCGACAUGUUGACUAAGUUGUUAACGCCAAAAGCACAUGCGUGCCGAAAUAGAGAAAUUGAAGUUUUGGGUAAUUCAGAUGAACAGCCGUGUGACAGUAAAAGUAAAAUAGUUGAGGCACAUGGCGAAGUUUCAGAUGAUGAAGAAGCAGCAGAUGAUGAUGAUGAAUUCGACUGGUUUCUUGAACAGAAAAUUAAUGAGUCACCAUGUCAUGUACUCACCAAAGGGCCACGUUAUGGAUUUGCACACAGAAAAUCAAAUGUUCUACAGGAUUUAAUAACCGGUUUACCCGAGCUGUUGGAUUUGAAAGAUCCUGACCAUGUUCCUUCAAAUGAAAGACGAGCACUUCGAGAGCUGCAGGAGAAUGAACAGUUUAACUGUGAGCAUUACUUGGCUGAUCUGUUCGAUGAUGAAGCCAUCAGAGGCCUGGUAUUGCCAGAUUAUCCUGAACUUACAGGCACAGCAGGUGAAGAAACUGUUUUUAAUGAGGCAGAAAAAGAAAAACUCCGGCAACUUCCUCGGAGGGAAUAUAUCAUCAGUGAUUCAGAGCUGAAAACUACAUAUUUGGGACUUGUCGACCUAGUUUUUGCAUAUGCUUACAAUUUCCGCUUCACACAAGGGGAAGGUAAUGUAGAAUCCGACUGGACAAUUUGCAAACUCAGUUCUACAUUAUCGUGGCUAGACUCUUUUGAUAACAUCCAAGAUGUUGUCGUCAGCUGUGCUCGGCGCUCUUUAUGUUUCCCACUUUACAGGAGCUGGGAUUUGUUCACCCGGGUGUUAAAUGAUGUGAAAACCAUUUUUAUGAUGGGAAGAUCUCAGGUUUUGAAAUGUUUGUUAGGAAUUCACACAAUUUUAAAGGAAAGUGAAACUCGGUAUCCACUAAAUGAUUUAUACAUCAUUGACUAUUGUGUAUGGUUGCAGAGUGCAGAUUCAAAGAGGAUAGCAUCUCUUGGCAAAGCUUUGGAAGAAGUGAAGCUAUUGAAAGCAGAUUUGGGUUUGAGACUGGAGGAGAUGGAAGCUGAUGCAAGAAAGCUGACAGAUGAAUGUCAGGUUAAUACAAGUUGUCAUAGUUCUGAGGGGAAGCAGGGAGACAUUGAAAGGCUUGCAGAAGCUUUAUCUGACAUUGUUAAUAUCAAAGAUUCUGUUGUUGAUAGUGAUGAUGAUGAGUGUGACAGUAGUGAUGAGGAUUCUGAAAGUGAUGAGGAGAGUACUGAUAGUGAUGAGACUGACGAUGAAACCGGUAGUGAUGAUUGCAAGACUUGUGAUGAUAGUCAUUGUAAAGAAGAAGGGAAGGUAAAACAAGUAUCAGUGUGA